AUGAGUUCUUUAAAUGCAAGUCUUUAUGAGAAUAUCUCUAUUAUUCAUCCUGAUUACUUUUUCAUCCUGGGACUUUCAGGUAUACCUGACAGCAAUUAUUAUUAUAUAUUCUUAUUUAUGAUUUAUUUUAUUACUGUAAUUGGGAACUCUUUAGUCCUUUUCAUUAUUGCUCUCGACCACCUGCACAGUCCAAAGUACAUUGGUGUGUUUAACUUGGCCUUGGCUGAUAUUGGUGAAACUAAUGCACUGAUUCCUAACAUGAUGAAGACUUUGUUAUUUGACUCACGGUACAUCUCCUACAAUGCUUGUUUAGUGAACAUGUUUUUUGUGUUCCUCUUCAGUUCCAUGCAGAGUCUCACUCUUGUUGUUCUGGCAUAUGAUCGUUUGAUUGCAAUUUGUUUGCCUUUAAGAUAUCAUGUUAUUGUGAACAAAAGCAAUAUGUGUUUUGUUUUGUCAGCAAUAUGGGUGUUUAAUUCUGUUAUUGUGGCAUCAAUGGUAUCUUUGAUCACCCAGAUUUCAUUCUGUAAAUCCAAUGUGAUACUGAGUUAUUUUUGUGAUCAUGGACCAGUGUAUAGGUUGGCAUGCAAUGAUAAUUACAUUAAUAAGAUUAUGGGAUUUCUAUAUACAACUUUAUACCUUAUAGCACCGAUGCUCGUCAUAGGCCUGUCAUAUCUGGGAAUUUUUUUUGUUGUAAGGAAAAUAAGAACUUGGGAAGGGCGAAUAAAGGCUCUAAAGACCUGUGUUUCUCACCUGUUGUUGGUAGCAAUAUAUUUCCUCCCAAUAUUCUUCACAUACCUUACUUCAUUAUUGCUUUAUAGCACUCCCAAUUCAAGGGUCAUCAGCACAUCUCUGGCUUAUGCUGUUCCAGCAAUGCUAAAUCCCAUCAUUUAUGUUUUGAAUACAGCUGAAAUCAAAGACAUAAUUAAAAAAGCGAUUAGAAACAGAUCUAAAAUUGAUAGAACUUCAAAAUGA